AUGUCUCAUACUCCAGAAUUUACUACAGAACAAGUCAAGGUGAUCUUUGUGCUUGGAGGUCCCGGUGCCGGUAAAGGUACCCAAUGUGCCAAGUUAGUAGCAGAACAUGAUUUUGUUCAUUUGUCAGCCGGUGAUUUAUUAAGAGCUGAACAAGGCCGUGAAGGUUCCGAAGUUGGUGCCUUGAUCAAACAUUAUAUAACCGAGGGUCUAAUCGUGCCACAAGAGAUUACCAUCCAGUUAUUAAACACUGCCAUCAAGGAGAAUUACGCCGAGGGUAGACACAAUUUUUUGAUCGAUGGGUUUCCACGUAAGAUGGAUCAAGCCAUAACAUUUGAAGAGGUUAUUGUUCCAUCGCGAUUUGUUCUAUUCUUUGACUGUCCCGAACCAGUGAUGCUUGAGAGACUAUUAGAACGUGGCAAGACCAGUGGUCGUGAUGAUGAUAAUGCUGAAUCCAUUAAGAAACGGUUCAGGACCUUCGAAGAAACAAGUAUGCCAGUCGUUGAAUAUUUUUCCAAGCAAGAUAAAGUUGUAAAAAUUGUUUGUGAUAAACCUGUAAAUGAAGUGUACGCAGAAGUUGAAACUGUCAUUGAGAAACGAUUAUAA